UGAACACUGCUGAAAGGCCCAGUUCGGCCGAGAGUGGAAGGAAUGCGCCACUACUAUCCCUCUCAACAGAUGACAGUUGCGAUUAUUUGAGGUUACUUUUCGAGCAGUAGCGAUAUAAAAUGUGCAAUUAGCCAGAAUCUAACGGGAGGAAAACAAAAACAGACAGAGAACGUGAAGUAGACAAGAUGAAUGAAAGUGAAACUAACGAUUCUCCACCAAGUCAAGAUGGUGCACUAGCUAAGAAAGUUCGAACAUCAUCAGACACGACCAACUCUAUAACCCUCCAUCUUCGAGGAUGUGAUCUAAAUUUACGAAUAGAAGACAUGAACAGUCGUAACUCAUUAUCUCACAUGGAGCAAACUAACACUCGUCUCAACCAGAUUCGUGAAAGAAGGAGAAAUCUCUGCGAAGAGAAGCGACGAAUCCUGGUGGAUCGAGUGGAGUCUUCCAAGCAGACGAUAAAAGACCUGACAAUCCAACUGUCAGAAACAGCCAAGUCUAUUCGAGAGGCACGUGAAGCUCAGACAGCUGCAAAAUCACAAAUAUCAAAAGACGAAACUAAUAUGCAACAAAAAAUCUUAGAACUGCAGAAUAAAAACGCUCAACUGGAAGAAGUCAUAGCUCAACGAACCACAGACGAUGCUUUAAAGCAAUACGUAAAAAACCAGAUGAUGGAGUUAUUGAAUACAUGCACACCAUCGCAGAAAGACAUCUACUUGAAGAAAGCUGCUAUUCGGAAAGGAAAACUCAAAAUUGAGGAACUAGAAUCUGAGAAAAUAUAUCUCCGGAAGGAGAUACAGGAUCUUCUUCCUCAGGCGGCAGGUGCUGAGAAACUUGAGAGGAAAUUACUAUUAGCGAAUGAAGUGAUUUCAAAAAUUCGUACAAAUGCCGUGGAAAGUGUAGGUCCUGGGGUCGAAGCGUCUUCCGUUUCUGAAGAAUUAGGAGAUGAAAUCAGUGCUCAAGAGCAUCUGGUUGAUAUAACAUCCGAGUGCUUGAAGUCAAGACUUCACGAAACUGAAGAAACAGUAUGUCAAAUGGCGUCAGAAGCUCCAGUCCCCGAGAUCUGCGAUUUAACGUCUGCAACACAAGCAGCCGAGAAUGUUUAUCCCUCGUUAAGUUCAAAUCAGCCUGGGCAGACUCUAAUAGAACUAUCGGAUGAUGAAUCCGUAUGGUCUCCACAACGCCUGCAGGAGGACCACCGGAUUCGGGUGGGAAAAUAUUAUUUUUUAGCGUCACAUCCUAAAUACUUCAAAAUCAAUUGGGAGAAGGAGUAUGGCCGACGUGGCCCUGCCUUUUCAUGCAGAUGGUGUGCGUCCAUUAUCCAGCAGCGAGUGGCAGUAAUAGAUCACAUAUGGGUCAAACAUUACGGGGGACGAUAUAAGUGUCCUCUCUGUCUCGAUCCUCCUUACUUCGGUGCGUCGAGAUACCAGAUGAGCAACCACGUGAAACUUUAUCAUAUCUAGAAAUGUUGAUAGAUUGACUCAUUUUUAAUUGUAGUAGGGUAAACCGCCCAGUAGAUGGACGCCUAAGAAAACCGCC